GGCCAUGGUCCUCCUGGAGCUGCAGUGCGAGAUCGACCAGGUGACCUUCGCGCUCCGCCGAGCGACGCAGCAGCAACCCGAACCCCCGAGCGACACCCACCUCGUCGACGAGUGGACCGAAAACCUGCGCAGCGUGGAGGACCACGCGGGGUGGCGCUUGACCUUCUGGCGACGCGACCACGCCAUGCACACCACCUACCCAGCCCUCAACCCGCCCAUCACCCAUUCCUUCUACUUCUCCAUACGCAACGAGCUCGGCCUCGGCAUCUCCACCCAGUUCCGCGAGUGCAUCCGCAGCGCCAUCACACAAGAAUGCCUGACCAUUACCGCGCAGCCGACCCUCCACCGCCGACUGGUGGAUCUAGUCGUCCAGCGACGGUGGUUCUGGAACUUCCAGCGACGCAUACGCGGGCUCACCAAGGACGCUGUCCUCUGGGGGCAAGAGACUUCCGUGCUACCACGUUUCCCCCUCGGAGACGAGCGCUUCAACUGCCCGUCGCUGCCUACCCCAGCCCACGGGCCUGGAAGGAUCACGUGAUGGGCGACCUGGAGGGCUACGUGUGCCUGUACGAGACCUGCUCCUCCAGCAAGCCCUGGCCCGACGCCUGCCCGCACGCCUGCCCCUCCUUCGGCGCCUGAUUCGCCGCCAUGGCCGGCAACUUCGCCGAGGGCGUCGAGUGGUGCAGCCACGCCUUCG